UUUUGUACUAUUAGAACAAAAGAAGCUAAUGGAAUCAAUUAAUAUUGUAGCUGAUGACAACGUAGAGGCUCCAGAGCAGUGUGAUCAAGCAUAUGAGGAGGAACAGAUGCAGUAUGUCCCUCCGGAAUUGGUUGGUCGUCCUGGGAAUGAUUCUGAGAUAUUGUAUCAUUGCUACCUAAUUGCUCUUCAGCCUGAUUUUAGUUGCAACACCAUGCCUCGCGAUAUUUUGCUUGCUACAAGGGCAAGGCUUGAAUUUGAUGAUGAGACUCUGGAUUUUGAGUUAGACGUGCCCAGAGGCAGCUUAAAGAUACGAAUGAAAUAUGUUAGACAUAUUAAACUAACGUCUGAAGAGGUUCUUCUUUGUCAGAAGUUCCAAGUCACACUUUUUAGGCUGCUUAUUGAUCAAAAUCAGAACAAGCUGCAAGAAGCAUUGAGCGGAUCAAACGAGAACAUUGAACAUGCUUUCCUUGAUUAUCUUCUGAUUCCAUCUACAGGCUCGCGUGAAAAUCCAUCAAUUGAUUGGACGUGUGUCAGAUCUGUUCUAUAUCCUCAGGAAACCAUAUCAGAUAAGCAUAUGGAUUGUUGUUCUAAUAGAGUUCAAGGCCGUUAUGUGCACACAAAAAAUGGCUUGAUCUGCUGCUGCAAAUUGCAGAAUUCUUUGGUAGUGACUCCUCAUAACGGUAUCAUAUAUUGCACUACUGAUACUUUGGAUGAUUUGAACAGCAAUUCGUUGCUAAUGCUGAGAAAAGGGGGAUCUGUUACUUAUAAAGCAUACUUUGCGAAACAGCAUGGCAUCACAUUGUGCUUCGACGGAGAACCAUUUAUUAAAGGAAAACAUCUGUUUAUGGUGCAGAACUUUCUUCUGGGAUGUAGGAAUCAAAAGACAAAAGUCCCGACUAAUGCAUCAGUUGAGUUGCCUCCAGAAAUUUGUGAAGUGAUCAUGUCUCCUAUAUCCAUUGGUUCAGUAUCUUCCUUCUCAUAUGCUCCAUCCAUCAUACAACGGAUAGAGUCCUUAUUAAUAGCUGGCAACUUGAAAAGGAUGCUAAUGGCCGACUGCAUGCUCAAUGAUAUGAUUCCGACCAUCAAGGUCUUAGAGGCAAUUACGACUAAAAAUUGCCGAGAGAAUUUUCAUUUGACAUCAUUGGCAACCAUUGGAGACUCCUUCUUGAAAUAUGCUACAAGUCAACAACUAUUCAAGACACAUCAAAAUCACAACAAUGGUCUUCUUACUGAGGAGAGAACAAAAAUCGUCUCCAACCUCGCACUAUGCAAGCUGGGAUGCGAUAAGAAGAUAUCGGGGUUUAUCCGCAAUGAAUGUUUUGACCCUAAAACAUGGAGAAUUCCUGGUGAUAACUCUCAAACCUAUACACUGCGGGAAGAAGUGCUUUCAACUAGAAUAAUUGUUUAUGGCAGGGAGAAAAGGAUGAUUAAAAUUAAGACGGUUGCUGAUGUAAUUGAGGCCCUUAUUGGUGUAUUCAUUUGUACGACAAGUGAAAGAGCAGCCUUAGCGUUUAUGAAAUGGAUGGGUUUUGAAGUUGACUUCGUUUAUGUUCAGUACAAAAGGCCAGUCGCUGCAAAUCCAGAGAAGCUGGUUGAUCUCAGAUUUUUCAAGUCUCUAUUGAAUCAAUACUCAUUCCGUGAUGCUUCUCUCCUUGUUGAAGCACUUACUCAUGGUUCUUACGUGCGACCCGAGAGCCCCACAUCCUAUAAGCGUCUGGAAUUUCUUGGGGAUGCAGUGCUGGACUAUCUCAUCACCAUGCAUCUCCACAAUGAGCAUCCCAAUCUGUCUUCUGGAUUAUUAACAGAUUUAAGGUCAGCUUCUGUGAACAAUGACUGCUAUGCACGAACUGCAAUUAAAGCUGGGCUUCAUAAGCACAUUCUACAUGGUUCACAAGCCCAGCGGCGGCGCAUUCUUGCAAUUGUUGAAAAUUUUGAGCAAUCAUCACAAGACUCGACUUUUGGGUGGGAGUCAGAGCCAGUAAUCAAGAUUCUUGCAGACAUUAUAGAAUCUCUUGCCGGGGCAAUAUACGUUGAUUCUGGAUAUGACAAAGAGGUUGUAUUUAGAAGCAUAAAGCCGCUUCUCGAGCCUCUGGUUACCCCUGAGACUUUAAAGCUCCAACCUGUGAGGGAACUGGAGGAAUUGUGUGCAAAGGGAAAAUUUGUCAUGAAGGAGGCUGUCAGAUAUGACAAUGGUGAGAUAUCCGUCGAGCUUGAAGUUGAUGCAAAUGGUGCUACUCACACAUGUCAGCAAUCUGCGGCAAACAAGGAUGCAGCAGAAAAAAAAGCAGCCAUGGCUAUUUUGGAGAUGCUAAAGGGAAAUGAGUUACACCGGAGGGGCCACGCACAACCCCGCCUGUCUUGAGAAACAGGACAAUCAGAUUGCCUUUUGGCUGGAUCAUAUACUGUCAAGUAGCCAUUUGAACUCAAAGCUUGAUCUCGCUAGUUGAAGCACUUGAAGAAGAAUCUUGCAUGCCUCUCUUGCUCAUUCAAAUUGGUGAUACUUCUCCAUGUAUCAUGGGGUUUUUUUUUUUUUCUUUUUUUAAUAAUUGUAUUUUCCAUUGUCUAUUAAGAUAUGACAAGGUAAGUGUGAUUUUAUC